CAGGAAGUGACAACAGGAGAGGGCAGUAGAUAACUUCCGCCCUUACACAGACACACCGAGCUGCGGAGGAUUCAGAGGAGACAGAGGGAUUUCGCUGUUUAUACCAGCUCAGUAAUGAAAUGAACAUGUAUAGAAGCAGAGCCAGCCAUAUAUGUGAUAAUGUACCAUUUAUUGAGGAGCCUGUGCUGAUAACAUUGUUCUGCUUGCUGUAUUGCUGGAUGUGAAUAAAUUCAUUAAACUAUGAGGGUUCCUGCCUACUUUGUUUAGAAGCCUAAUCCGUCACAAUGCCCACCGUGGUGGUGAUGGAUGUAUCCCUGUCGAUGACCAGGCCGGUCACUGUGGAGGGGACAGAAGAGUUUCAGCGCAAGCACCUGGCAGCACAUGGCCUCACCAUGCUCUUUGAACAUAUGGCUACUAACUACAAGCUGGAGUUCACUGCAUUGGUGGUUUUCUCUUCUUUGUGGGAAUUAACGGUGCCUUUCACCAGAGAUUACAACACACUGCAGGAAGCUCUAAGCAACAUGGAUGAUUAUGACAAAACAUUUCUAGAGUCGGCACUGCAAGGAGUGGCCAGUGUCGUCCAACAGGAAUGGGGAGCCUCUGUUCCUUGCCAGGUUGUGCUGGUUACGGAUGGAUGCCUAGGCAUUGGAAAGGGUUCCCUGCACCACUCUCUCUCAACGAUGAACCAGCGCAGUGACAGCAACCGGUUCCCCCUGCCGUUCCCUUUCCCCUCCAAACUUUACAUAAUGUGUAUGGCAAAUCUAGAAGAGCUGCAGAACUCUGAUUCCUUGGACUCUCUGGAAAGGCUCAUUGACCUGAAUAAUGGAGAAGGCCAAAUCUUUACAAUUGAUGGACCUUUGUGCCUGAAGAAUGUCCAGUCUAUGUUUGGAAAACUCAUUGAUGUUGCCUACACACCGUUCCACGCCGUACUCAAGUGUGGGAACCUCUCCUCCGAUGUCCAGGUGUUCCCCAGACCCGAACCGUUUGUCGUAGACGAAGAGAUAGACCCGAUUCCUAAAUUCAUUAGCACAGAACUGGAGGUUGUGGGGUUUAUUGACAUUGCUGACAUCUCUAGUCCUCCGGUGUUGUCCCGUCAUCUGGUUCUACCCAUCGCUCUAAAUAAAGAGGGAGAUGAUAUUGGGGCUGGUCUCACCGAUGACAUAGAGGAUGAAAAUUCUGCCAGUCAGAUUGCCGGCAAGAUACCAAAUUUCUGUGUCCUGCUCCAUGGAAGCCUGAAGGUGGAGGGCAUGGUGGCCUUAGUACAACUGGGGCCAGACUGGCACGGCAUGCUCUAUUCUCAAGCUGACAGCAAGAAGAAAUCUAAUUUGAUGAUGUCUUUGUUUGAACCCGGUGUUGAACCAUUACCUUGGUUGGGGAAAACCUCUCAGCUCGGGCCCAUAUCAGAUGCCAAGGAGAACCCAUAUGGGGAGGAAGACAAUAAGAGCCCAUUCCCACUGCAGCCCAAGUCCAAGAGAAGCUAUGCACAGAAUGUGACCGUAUGGAUUAAAACUAGCGGGCUGCAGACGGAUGUGCAGAAGAUAUUGAGGAAUUCCAGGAAACUCCCGGAGAAAACUCAGACAUUCUACAAAGAAUUAAACCGUCUCAGAAAGGCAGCCCUUGCAUUCGGGUUCCUGGACUUACUAAAGGGAGUAUCCGAUAUGUUGGAAAGGGAAUGUACUCUACUUCCAGACACCGCACACCCUGAAGCUGCCUUCCAGCUCUCGCAUGCAGCAGCUCAACUCAAACUUGCCAGCAACGGGAGUUCUGAACAUUCAGCGUACGAACAGAACAUUAUGCCUCUGCAAACUGACUUUUCUGGGCGUGGCUCCGACAGGAUGUGACGGCACCUCUUUGGGCACUUUCUUGGAGACUUAGCGCCACACUGCAACUUCAGUUGGCGUGACAAGUGUAGUGUUUCCUAGCAGCACGUAGGAAGACAGAACUCCAGGCUUCACAAACUUUGUCAGAAUAAUUCAACCAGACAUUUUGCUCAGAUUUACCAACAAAUUUUAAUGGACUGUGAAUUGGGUAAAGGAGUACAGAAGAGAUCUGAUAAAUAAAGUUUAGAUAAUCAAAUGUUAUUCGGGAAUUCAGAAUUCCAAGUACAAAUGCACAUAAGACGUGGAAACCAUGUGAGAUAAAGAAAUAAUUAUUAUUUAUCACUUUCCCCUUAACAAA